CUGCUGUUUUGGAGCGAUUGGACAGAUCUGAACGAGAUCGGAUUGGGACGAUCUGUUGCUAAAAUCGAGUCGUCGUAUUUGGAUGGAUCCGGCCGGAAAGCAAUCAUCGACAGCAUGAUUCACUGGCCUAAUGGUCUGGCAAUUGACUACGACGACGGAUGGCUUUUCUGGUGCGAUGCGUUUUUAGACCGCAUCGAGAAAAGCCGUUUCGAUGGAGGCGAUCGCCAGGUAUGA